AUGACGAAGCAACAAUAUGGAUAUCCCACCCUUUCGAAAAUCUUAUUGUGGAUCUGCUUCUCUCAGACUGCUGCAUUUGAGAGACAAUUGCACCGCUGGAAAAAAAUAAAUUCAAGCAUUCGCUUACAUGACAGCCUUUCUUCGUUUUAUGAUGAUUUUGAAGAUGUCCCCAUGCCAUCGAGUUCGUCCAAGAGCGAUCAGGAUUGGCUCGACUCACUCAAGAGAAGGCACGAGUCCAUUGAGAGGGUGGCUAUCCAACCCAGCAGCAGCUCAGCUCAGUAUCUCCAAAAUUGGAAGAGUGCCAACUGUGAGUCAACAGUCCGAUUGGCCUUGGAUGAUUGGAUUCGACGUAUGGCAGUGGAAAAUUACCCCUUGGCAGUUUGCGGAAGCGCUUCCGGGCAUAUUUAUCUGGCGGACCUGGAACAAGGGCAAGAGUUGGACUGCAUACGAGACGUACAUUCAGCACAAUUGCAUGAAGAUGACAGCCUGUACACAACAACUUUUCAAAACGCUAUACGCGAUCUGUACGGGAGGUAUGAUGGAGGGGGUGUCAUUGCUUUGGCAAUCAAAGGUGAUAUAAUCGCUAGCGCCGGACGCGAGGGAGGUGUUCACAUUGCCAGGAUAACAGGUGAAGAAGAGGAUAUAUACAAGGGAAGCAGGGGUGGAACUGCACGUCAAACAAAGCUUUCUUUGAUCCGCGAAGGCUUUCUGAGGGGUCUCAAGAACACGUCGGAUUCAAUAGUCACUAGCCUAGCAUUCGAUGUUUCAGGUACUCUGUGGGUUGGUGGAUACGAUGGCAGGUUGAUGGGGUAUGACGCAGAAGAGAUGGACGGGAACAACCAACCUGUGCUACUACGACAAAAAUAUCCAAUGUUUGAGACCAAGCUCAAUUCUCCAAUUCUUAGUCUCAGCAUUAAUGAUGACAUUGGUUGUGGUGUCGGUUGUACCCGAGAAGGUGGUAUCUUUAUUUUUUCUACGGAUGAUGGCCAAGUCCUGGCCACUUGGAAACCAGUUGGAAAGAGAGAUGAGUUCUUUCGAACAGCAAUUAUUGUGCAAAAUGAUCCAGAUCCAGAAAGUGUCUGGUCAGUUGUAUGCGGAGGUUCGGAGGGUAGCGUGUUUCAACGUUCGCUGAACGUGGACGCUUUGUCGCGCUCUGUCUCUGAUGCCGCUCCAUUUCGUGACAUGAUUGAAAAUACCACUCAUGAGUUGCCUUCGAAGUUGCGACCAAACCACCAAGGUGUGGUCCUCGCUAUGGCUUCCCCUUACCCUGGACUGCUUGUCACUGGUGCCCAGGAUGGCAAUGUUCGAGUUUGGGAUUGCUCAAGUCGGAACACUUCCCCUGUCGAAGCCGUUGAGGAAGAAGUAGCGGAAGCCAACUACGAUGACACAGGAGUAAGUUCUCACAAUCUACCAAGAUGUUUGUAUGCCAUGACUGGUUACAAAGUCUGGCUGGGUUCAAUAUUUGCUGGUAAGAAGAAGCUUGUUUCAGAUGGAGCUGAUAACACCAUAAUCGUGCAUUCUUUUGAUGGAGAGGAAGAUCUUUUGCUUCGUGAUGAUGAUGAGGAAGGAGGCUUUGCCUAUGAGUGA